AUGGGCAACAACCCUUCCAAAGGCCCAGUUGGCGACGUGCCAUCGGGUCAUAUCCCCAAUGCCGCCGCUGAGCGAAAGGUAGUUCGCCGCACGUCACAAAAUACAAUCCCAACCACCAAGGCUACUGCCGCCGACCCGUCAGCAUCCCGAGAGACCGCCGCCGGUCACUCCGCAGCAUACCAAGGCUCCAUUCAACAACGGCUUCAAUCCCGAAAUCCGCCCGGAUCUCCCAAACCUAUAUCCAGACCUGAGAAGCCUGUAGAAAGGAGGGCCGAUCCGUCACAGAGUAAAGAUAUUGCAUCGCCAGACCACUCAAGCCCAGUACAAGUUCCGAUCUCACGCCAUGCCGCGGGGCGAGAUCCUGUGGCACCUUCGGCUCCGCCGCUCAACUCCUACUAUAGUGCUUCAACCCAUCUGCAACGACCCCCGCGUAUGCCAUUGCCCAUUGCCGAUGCGACCACUAUUCCUGGAUCGCCGAUCAUCGGACCCGAGGAUUCGCAUAUCCAAUCGAUGCCCGCAGACCGGCUUUUAGAUGAACAGAUGAAAGCGUCCCAUCAUAGCAAUGCGACCCUGGAUGGUGACGAGAUGGUGGAUGAACUACAGCCGUUUGGUGUCGGCAAGGCGGUGCCCACGGUUAUCGAGUGGAAUGGGCCUGGUGAGAAGGUCUAUGUUACUGGUACCUUUGUCAAUUGGGAAAAGAAAUUUAAGUUACACAGAAGUGAGACCAAUCCUGAGGUCAUGACCGCAACGUUGAACCUUAGGCCCGGCACACAUCAUCUGAAGUUCCUUAUCGAUGGUGAAAUGCGGGCUUCAGAUAAUCUUCCGACAGCCGUCGACUUCACCAACCACCUGGUGAACUAUAUCGAAAUUAGUGCGGACGAUGCUAAUGACAACUCAUCCGUUUCUUCGGGAGUCCGGCCAUCACAAACCCCCCAGGAUAGUUCCAAGGACCGACAAUCAGAGGAUGCGGAAGACGAGCCCCCGAAGAACGGAGAAGCCGAGGAGGUUGCUCCAGGCGAUUUCGGCAGUGCAAUUCCUCAAUUCCUUGCUGAUUUGGACAAGGACGAAGACAGCCCGGCAUACUUGCAAGCUGCCAAUGUCAUCGGGGACACCCCGACUCCGCCCAGUCUUCCACUAUUCUUGGGCAAAUCGAUUCUCAACACCCUCACCCCGACAAAGGAUGAUAGCAGUGUCCUUAAUUACCCCAACCACACUGUUCUGAACCAUCUCGCCACGAGUAGUAUCAAAAAUGGUGUUCUCGCUACUAGUGUCACGACUAGAUACAAGCGAAAGUAUGUCACAAGUAUUUUGUACAAACCCACCGGCGAUAUUACCGGAGAGUGA